UUCGGUACUAAAAUAAGACCUCCUGAGCUUGCACUAUAUUGUUGUCUUAUUUCUUGAAGAAGCCAUGUCGUCGGACUUUGGUAAUCCUCUAAGAAAAUUCAAGUUGGUCUUUUUAGGUGAACAGAGCGGUAAGUUUGCAGUGGUGUCAACUUGCUCGUGGAGAUCGUAAAUUUCAGGGUGUUCGAAAAGUCAGCUGUGAAAAGUGUUCUUUUUAGCAUAAUUAAGUGCCUGGUUGGAUUAUGUUUUGAACUCUCUGGCUAAAUAGAGGUGAUAUGGUCUGUUUUCAGUGGGAAAGACGUCUCUUAUAACAAGGUUCAUGUAUGACAGCUUUGACAACACCUAUCAAGUAAGUGUGAGAAGUCAGUCUUCUACAAAUUUGCAGCCGGCGUUUGAUGUUUCUGACAUCGAUCGCUGGCUUCAAGUCUGUUUAUAAUCGGUACAAAGCUUGCAUUUUUCAGAAUAGUAUUAGGUCUUGUCUUUCAGAUAUUCUGCAUUCUAACCCUAACGGUCAAUAUUGCCUUUGGAAUUGAUAGAUUAUUGGAUCGACAAUUUUAUUUAAUACGAAAAUUGGGUUAAAAUGCAGCUGGAUCACCAGAUCAUGUAGAAGGUUUGGUUCAGUUGAUACAAUACUCUGUUUUUUUCAUGAGAAUUUAUUAGAAUACUGCUCUAAAGUAAACAUCCAUUUAUUGAAUUUUGGUAAUUUUUCAUGGAAGUUUCACAAUUUAAACUUUGCAAAUUGCAGAAAUUUGACAACUCUAAAAGGAAAUAAAAAUGACAUAGAUCAGAUGCAAAUAAGUGGUGAUGUAAGAGAUGAUAAUAUAGGCUGGUGAAUGUUAUGCAAAAAUAAUUUCUGCUGUACUUUCAAUUUAGCUACCUAUAUUGGCACCAAAUCCUAAAGAGCUGACAUGUCGUUACUAUAAUAAACAUAGAUAACUUCACUAUGAUGUCAAUUUGACAUUAUAAAUAAGUUCUUUGUUGGUAGUAUUUUUAGCAGCCUUUUCCUUCCCAGAAACUUGUGAAUGAAAGGGGUAAAGGGAUGUUUGUGAUAAAUUGUUGUUUUUUUCCUUUGUCCUCUUUUUCAAAAACAACAAAAUAUAUUUCUCCCUUUUGUAGACGUUCUUGUCAAAGCACCAAGUUUUGCCACUAUACAUUAUCAGUGUUGUUAACUCUAUUUUGUACACAAAAUGAGCUUUUUGUGGGGAUAAGACUGAUAAAUAUGAAGAAAAAAGGCAAAUCCCUUAUGUUUAUUACCUAUCUUGUCCCUUUGUCUCUUAAAAGACUGCAAGCAGUCGCUUGUUUUUCUUCAAAGUUACUGGGGUUGGACACAUCUGCAACCUACAAGAAAUAAUGUUGUGAACCCAGGAGGAAAAAGAGGAGACUGCUUCAAAAGCCAGGGUGAAUGAAUUAUGUUUUCCCUGCACAAUAAGAAGCUACUAUUGGUUAUACCUAGAGCAUUCAUUGAUCAAAAUAGUCUAGAUUUCAAAUUUGUACCAAAAAAUUAUUUGGCAAUAAAAGGUGAAUCAUUCCAGCUGUGGUAGUAGUCUCUCUCUUUUCUUUUUUUCCUGCCUCUAGUUGUACAUGUGACAAUUUUCUUCUAUUGCACAUUUCGCAGAAAGGGAGGCCGCUUGAAGUCUAGUCUCUUAAUUAGUAAUGUGCUGACUGGUAGUUAAAAAAAGCAAGGGUUCUAUGGACAUAACUGUGUUGAAAUUCCAAAGUUUUAUUGGACCUUUAUUUCAAAUUAAUAAUCUCAAACCCCUUUCAAGGCUUUGCUCUAAGAAAAAUGAAGGCAGCCCAGUGCUCUGUGUAAUCCAGGGUGCCUAGCAUAUGAUUUAUAUUUUAAAAAAAAAUUAAGAUUUUCUAGUUGCCUAGGGGCAACUCGGGAGCAAUCAUUAGGUGCCAGGAGCCCCUGGGUGCUGUUAGAGCAUAGUCUUGCCUAAGUGAUAAUUAUUGGAUAUUACUAUUUAUUUUCUAUGUUUGUGCUAAUUAUUGCAAUCCUCUUUUCAGGCCACUAUUGGAAUAGAUUUUCUGUCAAAAACAAUGUACUUAGAAGACAGAACGGUAGGCGUGUUAAAUUACUUAUUAUUCUAUAAAUAGCCAGGACAAGGUUAUGAGUUAUUUUAAUUCAAAACUGGGUGGUUCUUGCAGUAGAUCCUGUUACCCAUAUCACUUGUCAAAUGUGUCAAUACAUGUAGUUAGUGGUAGAGCUCUGAUUACCGCGUACAUGGACGCAUGGCAUACGCAGUGCUAGACACUAACACUAGCCCAAUCGCCCAGGACUAGUGAAACUUCACUCUGGGCAUGUAACUAACUUCUCUGUAAUGUACGCUCAAGCUAACCUAUAUAGCCUUAUAUGUCAAGAGUAAUACUUUGAAUGAUGUUCAUUGCCUAACUGGUAACCAAGGUGCUUCUUAUGGAUAAUUGAUGUUUUUAUAGUCAUAAUGAUUUUACUACUGGAAAAGGUGACAGUCACCGAUUAGAGUUGGCAUUUACUUACCGUACCUUAUGAUUGCCUUUUGAAUUAUGAGCCGCCUACAAAUAUAACCCAUCAAGCCUGUUGAAUUUAGUUGUUUUUGUCUUGUUUCUUCAGGUUCGAUUGCAACUUUGGGACACAGCUGGUCAGGAAAGAUUUAGAAGCUUAAUACCGAGCUACAUACGAGACUCGAGUGUGGCUGUUGUAGUUUAUGACAUAACAAGUAAAUAUGUUAGAUAGUUUUACUUUGUAAUGUAGUUGUUAAAUUUAGCUUGACUCAUCAGCCAUGCUGUAGAGUGUUUUCACAUGACAUCGGGGCAGUGUUCUCCUUAUCAGGUGGUAAGUAGUAAAAUUUAUUGCCUGAAGUAACCUGAAGGUUUACUAAAAUUAAAGAAGUACUUAAAGAAAACACAAAUUAUGAUCUGAUCCGAUUCUCACAUGCCACAAGGACUUGAAUGAAUAUAUGGACAAGUUCAAAAGUAUACACAGCUUUUCUUUUUAUGGGCCACACAUUUUGGCAAGAGAACAUUGAAGACAGAGUAAAAUUAUUGGAAUCAACCAUCUUAAAUUGUUGUGUAAAGGUAACAGCAGUCGAUUUGUGUAAAAUGGGUCUUAAAAUUAGGGAAUGACGUUUCAGAGAACUUAGCUCCUAAAUUUCCCAGCAAGGGUGGGGCCAUGUUCUGCACUUCACUACCUCCCUGCCCACCCCCUCUAGGAAAGUGCACCUCUGGCUGAUGUUUUUUGCCAUACCAGCCAUGAAUGGUACCUUACCUGCUGAGCUAAAGUUUAUGGAGAACACUGCAGUCCUGUGAGAGUUGAACUCUUUUCUUACGCAAAUUAUGCUUUCUUUUGUUCUAACAAAAAUAAUUUGCAUAGAUGCUGGCCACAUGAGUGAAAACACUCUACAGUUGUACCCUUGUAGUCCCAAGAGUGACCAAAAUCAAUUUUCUCUUAACAAUAUCAGUAUGUAAUCAAGUGAUUAGGUUAUGAGAAUUAAUAUAAUGAUCACCUAAGAAAAAUAUUGCUUUGAGCUUUAAACAACUUCUCUCAACUAAUGUUUGAAGGAAAUGUAUGGAGAUCAGUCUGCAGAGUUUGUAUGUUGAUAUUGGGCCUAAAGUGUAUAUGACACAAUUUUUCUUUUUGCAGGUUUUAGUUCUACAAUAUGAGUAAAGUAUAUAUCCAAAAUUUAAACUCCUCAAUAAUCUUGCCAAACCUUUUUUUUUUUAAAACACAUGAAUUUGUUUUUAAAAAAAUGUCUACCCUAUCAUGCGACCAAACUGACAAGUUAGUGUGAGGUAGCAAGAAGAAGCGGAAGCAAAGGCUGAGUAAAUGAACUGACUUCACAUGAUGUCAUCAGCCUUUCUUUCAUCCUUUACUCAUUCCUAGUCUUUUGGACAUUUCCGAAGGGAAAAAAAACAGACUGUGGAUGGCCCAAAUUCAAGGAACAAUGUGACAACCAUUCAGCCAUGCAUCUCCUCUAAUAAUUUCAAAAGGCUUGACUGAAACUUAAAAUCAUUAUACGUUUCUGGGAAACUGCGCACCUACCCCACCACUAAGCCAACAUUUUGCCCUAAGUGAGAAGUAAGUGUUUAUAUAAUUGGCUUAGGGGAGGGGUAGGUGGGCAGUUUCAUAUAAACAUAUAAUGAUCCUCUCUGUGAACAGUUUUGGUCUUUUAUUCCUAGAUUAUAACUCCUUUCAGCAAACGGCAAAAUGGAUUGAUGAUGUAAGAACGGAAAGAGGAAGCGAUGUUAUUAUUAUGUUGGUUGGAAAUAAAACAGAUCUCUCAGACAAAAGGUCAGGUAACUUUCAUUUUUUGUUUCUAUCUUUAUUUUAUUGUCAGUCAUAAUUUCAUUGUAAAAAACAAAAUAACUAACAUUAUUUAGAGAGGCUACUCUGUAAACUGUAAUUUUGUUACUUGUUUUUUUUCUAGUUUUUUACAAUAUUUGUAAUUUUUCCUUUGUAUGUAAAUAUGAAAUAAAGUGUUGUUGUAAAAAAAAAAGCAUUAUUUAGAGAGUGUGCCAAUUAACAGUUCCAAGAACUUACAAUAUACAAUCCUGUGGUCCACUACUUGUCCCAAACUACUAUUUGGAGACACUUGGCAGUAAAAUACUGUAAAAUCCCACAUUAAAGCCCGAGGCUCAUAUAACUUUAUCAGGAGUUUUGGGUGGGCUUAUAAACGGGGGGCUUUCAUCCAGAGGGACUUAAAACCAGGGGACGUUAAUGUGGGAUUUUAUGGUAUUGGACUGUUGAAUGUUGUUUUUGGAGAAAGAGGAAAUCGGUAGUACUCAGAGAGAAACCUAUGGCAUUGAUGCCAGGACUUGAACCCAGGCCACAUUGGAGCAAAGCUAGUGCUCUGACUGCUGGACCAGCCCUAGCCUGAGAAAAUAGCCAACAUUUCAUGACGCUACCACUGAAAAUUAGCUUCAACCAGUCAGAAGCACUACCCAGAUCCGGGUAGUGACCUGUCAUCAGUAUGGAGUUUCUACUCUCAUUCAGACGUCUUUUUAUGGGGAAAGCAGAGGUGGUAUCGGAAAUGUCGGCAGUUUCCCAGGCUUGGCCAAACCUGCUCAGCUCCUUUACUUCUUUAAAAAUAGUGAAACAGCUUGACAUUAAGUGUUUCCCAAUUUUUCUUAAUCUAGACAAGUAACAACAGAAGAAGGAGAAAGAAAAGCAAAAGAAUUGAAUGUCAUGUUUAUAGAAACAAGCGCCAAGGCAGGAUACAAUGUAAAACAGGUACAAAACAGAAAAAUUGUUCUUUAAUCUGGUUUGAAUGUACUGUUGACCUAAGAUGUAGUUAGUGGAGUUGUUUUCCACUGCAGAAAUUAAUGCUGCAGGAGCUAGGAUCCUGCUUAGGAUGUAUGCCUUUGGGUAUAAUUUAGGAAAGGCAAUAACAAGCUUCCCCUUUGCACUUGCCACUUUACCAUUUUGCUUCCCAGCCCAUUGUUUGCUUGUCUUAGUCAGGGCUGUCAAUAAGGGCUGGUAUCCGGCCAAAACCUGCUGGCUAGUUAGGCAUCCUUGGCCGGCUACUUUCAUCUUCUUCUACCAUAACUGCUAACAAAAAAUAAGCACCAUCAAAUAAAAUAUUAUUAUAAAGUAUCUGUUUCUCAGAUUUGAAUGACAUUGAAUGCAUAUUUAAACAGAUUUAGAUCUGUGAAACGUUCGAACCAUGCAAUGUUGUGGAACGUCUGGGACCUUUCAACAGCAUUGUUCCCAGUCUUGCUUGUAUUCUGACAAAACAACAUGGCGUCCGUGGUGGAAAAUACCUCUUGAAAACCCCUGGAAACACCAUUUCCGAGACUCUAAUUUUCAAAAUGUCCCUAGAUGCCUCUGCGCUCAAGAACUUGUGCCUUUGGUGCAAGUUCCAAAGCCGCCUAUUAUUCAUUAUCAGCCUGCUACUUAAAAACGUUUUGACAGCCCUGCUUAGUUGAAGAUCUUAGUUAAAAGAUGACGUGGCUAGAGAAUUUUUUGUACAGCAAGAAAAUCUCUAUGUACUUGUCCCAGAUGACCAUACAGGACUUUAUUCGAACCUUGGAGGGCAAGGGUGGGUUUAGGGGUGGAGAGAAUUUUUAGAGAGAAUGUUUAGAGAAUUCUCAGAAAAGUAAAAAGUAUCUAUAUUGCUGGCAAGUGCGCAAGUGGCCAUCCCUUUCUGAAUUUUCUGGAUCUGCCCCUGGAGUAAUUGUAACUGGGCACAAAAUUGCUACAGGACAAUUUGCAACUUAAAUGCUAUAUUAUUAUUUCAUUUCUUAUUUGGUUUAUUUUUGAGGUUCUUUGGCUUGGUAAGCCCAUCUGUUCACUGUCAAUUGAGAUUUUUGCAUGUUAUUAGAAUGUUCAGUGUGCUAUUUUGUGGUUUUAUUAAUAGCUCUUCAGAAGAGUUGCUGCAGCGUUACCUGGAAUGGAAAGCACAACAGACAAAACCAACAAAGAUGACCUCAUAGAAGUCAAACUAAAAGAUACACCACAGGAACCCCAACAACCAAGUGGAGGCUGUGGUUGUUGAGGGUCUGUAAAAUGAUCGUCCUUGGUGUUAGAGUUUAUGAUAUUUGUUUCUAUUAACUCCUCGUUUUAAUUUUAAAGUUUAAAGGAAACUCUGGAAUAGUAUUAUUAUCAGAGUUUGCCAGUUGACUAAAGGGGAGAAAAAGAAAAGAAAAUCUUAGUGCUAAUACAAGCACUAACUGAGUGUGAUCAAGUGAAGUGAUCACUGGUAUUUAGUUGACACCCACUGGACUCUUGCUAGUGUGUACUUUACAGAGGUAUAAUUGUAUGUUUCUGGGAAACUGCCCACCUUCCCCUCCCCUAAGCCAAUAUCAACACUUACUUGUCACUUAGGAUAAAAUAAUGGCUUUGGGAAGGGGUAGGUGGCCAGUUUCCCAGAAUAAUGAUCCAAAUUCAGCUGCCCAAAAUAUACUUACCGGCAAAAGUUCUAAAUUAAUGUUUUCAAUAAAAAAAACUGUCUUUAUUCUCUGUCAAAAUGAAAAUUCUGAUGACAACCACAGUCGAAUUUUGACCAUAACUGUCUACAAUAUUUAACUUUGAGGAAAAUUUAUUUUGUAGUAUAGCCUUGGCUGAUACACUUAUUUUAUUUCGUGCAAAAGUUGAGUCGGUAAUACCGUGAAUUUCUGAAAGUAACCUUAUCCCCCACUCCCAAAAAUUUCUUAAAAGUGGUGCAAGUUAAUAAUGCUGAAAGCAGCAAACCUCUGAAAAAUGUAAAUGCAUUUAUGGAAUGAAAUCCUCCCCCUCCUGACAAAAAAGAAAGAAAGAAAGAAAAAUGUGGAUGGCAGUGGUGUAAUUGAAAUGUGUCUUUUAUGAAAAAGUCAGCUUCCACCCAGGAAGUUAUCAGGGCUUUGAUACACAUGAGUUCUCACAUUCCUACCACAAGAAAAUCAGUCUCUUGACAACAUUUGCACCCGCAUUAUUUUUCAAAUGUUGCCUAAGAGGUUGACGGUUUUUAUCCACAAAGAUAAUAAUGAAGCUUACUCCCCUUGAAAUAAGCAACCAUUAAAGCUGUAAACUUUGAAAGUAUCAUUUACAGGUGCUUUUUUGUUUGAGUUUUAUACAGGAAUGUGAUGCAUCUUUCUAUAAUAUAAUUAAGUUCCCAAAUAAUGUGGUGAGCGCAGCUUAUUUUUAUGGAAUUAGCAUAAAAAAGUCUUAAUCCUCCUUCUAUAAGUUAGAUUCUAGUUUUGUACUAGUUGUAGUAAAUUAUCUGAGUUGUCUUUAUAAUUCUUUAAAUCAUCAUCAUUAUCAUUAUAAUCAUAACUAUAACAAAAUUGUCAAAUCUGAUUGGCUAUCAACUGCCCUGAUUUCAGCCUUAAUUAGACAGUUUACUAGGACAGUACGCGUCAUGCCUAAGUAAAUGGACAGUACGCGCCAUCACGCGCGCGCUAAAUGUUUUUUUUUUCACUGCUAGCAAAGCAAAAUUUCGAAUUUCUUGUGUUUUGAUUUAAAAAUAGCCUAUUACAUCACAAAUUUUGUUAAAGGUAUGAUUAAUUGGUAACAGAACUUUGUGUCGUCCAAUCCGGGGGGGGCACUUGGAUAUUUUUUGGGUGGGUAUGUGCCGCCCGGGACUCCAAAUUGGCACCCCGUUCUAAAAAAUUUCCCCUAAAAUUGAUACCCCGUCCUAGAAUUCGCCCUUAAACUGAUACCCCGUUCUAGAAAUGGGCCAAUAUUUUAAACUCCGUUCUAAGGUGCAAAGAGUACAUCAGUUUGCUUGUUCCUGCAUUGAACCAUAUUUUUAAAAGCAAUCUGUACUUGAAUAAUUUCAAAUGGCUGCUUACAAAACUGGAGCUUUCGUGCGUUCGAAAUAUUAUACCUCGUUCUAGAAAACGCCCCUGAAAUGGAUACCCCGUUCUAAAUCAGGAGCUUCAAAAUCACGACCCCAUGUUGUACCCUCCCCGGGCGCAAUUUGGUCUGUAAUCAUACCCGUAUAGAUUUUUCAAUCUGUCCUUGAAUAAUUUCAAAUGGCUGCCCCAAAACCUUUCGGCGUUCGAAAUUUGGUUCUGUGAAAUCAUACCCCGUUCUCGUGAUUCAAAAUCAGUCUGUAAUCGGACUCGUGCUAAACGCGGGCUACGUCGUCCGAUUUUGUGAAUCACUCGUAUGAUUACAGACCGAAUUGGACUCCACUGAGUCCUGUUACCAUUACUUAUUAUGUUAUAAUUUAUUAAUGGUGUAGCAUGUUUACACUCUAAAGCUGUGUUAAUCCUUCCUUAUUUUAAUUUUGAGAAGCUUAACCUGUUCAGGUAGCGUACGUUGCAGACGUAAUACUAACCGCGACUGGUAACCAGUAGUUUAGUUUCGUCUGUGUCGCCGGCUACUGUGUAAGUUGAAAAUAAAGAGAGGUAAGAUGCGGAAGGAAUUUGUGUGGUCAAAUGCUGCUUGUUUUUGUGAAAACCGAGAAUAAUUUAUUUUGACAUUUUCACAGUGAGUCUUACUUCAACUCUCGAUCUACUGAAAA